AGUUGGUGCUAGCUAAAAAUAAGAACAACGUUUAGGAAUGGAAUCUAGAUUAUAGACUCUAGAAAUUUGUAAUAAAAAUGCACACACAAAAAAAAGAGGGAAAAGUAACGUUUUUUAAAAUAACGUAUUACAUGUCAGUAACAAAAAUCCGAUUCAAGUGAUACAAUGGUAUAUAAGUCUAUACCUUUUCACUUAGACGGAUCAAUCAUUCGAAUUGAAUACAUUUAAUUAAAAUUCAUUAUAUUAAUCAGUGGGCCCAUUUUAUACAUAUCUGAGCAUAAUUCAAAUUUACAUUUUCAACCAAAAGUGAUCUUAUAGCUGCGAGUCUGUACAUUCCGUUGGAUAGCGCUCAAAGAUUCCUGACAGCCAUGCUCCAUAUAUUAUGGAUGUUGUUUAGCGUCAUGUGGUGCGUGUCAAGCAGUCCUCCGGUGUUCUUCUCAGAAUUCAUCAACAGAGGGAAAAUAUCCGAAGCCAGAAACAGGGGCAGAGUCAAGGGACACUACUGCCAUUUGCCCGAAAGUUUUUCCGGCUACAUCAGGGUAGAUAAUGUCGCUAAAAAACAUGUCUUCUUUUGGUUCUUUCCAUCUCAACACAACACGAGUCAUUCACCGUUGGUCAUUUGGCUACAAGGUGGACCGGGCAGAUCGUCGCUGGAAGGUUUGUUAUGGGAAAACGGACCACUUCAAAUCGUCGUCGGCAAAAUCGGAAGCAUUACAUGCAAGCCGCGAGAAAUUUCCUGGACAGACACAAUGUCAAUGCUUUAUAUUGACAGUCCGGUUGGAACCGGAUUCAGCUACGUAGAAAAUAAAACGGCCGGAUACAGACUUACACGUUAUGACAUCGCCCGAGAUCUCACCACUUUCUUAAAGCAGUUUUAUAAACUAUUUCCAGAAUACAAGAGUAGAGAACUCUACAUUGGCGGUGAAGACUACGCCGCUAAAUACGUAAUCUCCUUCGCUUAUCGACUCCAUACACAGCAAAAGAAUGUCUCCACAAACCUCAAGGGACUUUACCUAAGUGGACCCUUAUUCGCUCCAGAAAUUCAGUUCAAGUCGGGACUAGACCUACUGUUUGCUGUAGGCGCGAUAUCCUACCGUGAACUUGUAAGCCACAGAGAGCUUGCCAACUCCUUUUUCGACAAUAACAGACAUGACAAAAAACACUUUAACAAAAUCUUAUUCAACAAACUAAUGCACAGCUUUCGCCUUCGGAAUCCUCCAGAUAACUACGCGUCCAAAUCAUACAAUAAUUAUAGCUCAAUAGAAACUCUUAUUAAUAGGCGUUUGCGAGAAUACUUAAAUGUUGGAAAUAAUACAUUUCAUUUUUACAAUUACACCUUUUCAGAACUUUUACUGCAAGACUUUAAAUUUUCAUCCAAAUAUCAGUUGGCAGAACUUUUGAAGUUCUAUAAAGUUCUUAUGUUCUCCGGUGAGUUUGACGCGCUGUUUAGCCCUUCUAUGGUGGACUUUGGUAUUAUGUCCACCCCGUGGGGGUCACAGCAAAGAUUUAAUGAAUCGAAAAGAAGGGAAUGGAAACAGAAACGCAGAGUAGUCGGUAAUUAUGUUCAUGUUGACCGGCUGUGUAGAGUAGUUAUUGCAGGCUCUGGACACUAUACUUCAUUAGAUAGGCCCAGUUCUACAAUGGACAUGAUGAAUCAGUUUAUACAGAAGGGAUGCGUGGGCUCUUAGAGUAAGUAGUUACCAUGAGACUUAUUGUCUUCCUAGUCAACUAGUGACAGUGACAAAAUGACAUAACGCAAGACAUUUUGAAAAUGGCAUUCAUAAAAUGUCAGCUGUUCAUAUUUAUUAUUAUGGGGGCGAGGUCGCUGAGUGGUUAAGCGCUUGUUUUCCGAACCUGGGGGUGCUUAGUUUGAAUCUCGGUGAAGACUGGAAUUUCGAAUUUGCGAUCUAUGGGGCAGAUAAUGUAAAGGUCAUCCGCUUCUGUGGACCAACAUUAAACAAGAGUGUCAUGUGACCAACACAACGACCAAACGCCUUUACUUUUCCCCAACUAUUGUCAGGUACCCAUUAGAGUUGGGUGGACUCAGAAGCGUCCUAAAGGUCUCAAAAUUAAAAAUCAAAUCUUUACAAGGAUUUGAACCCGGUUUAGAAGCCCAGAGAAUUAACACUCAGCCCUGUAUUGCAGAGAUUUCAAUCAGCCAGGCAAAUAUCUGUGAGAGAGAGAGGUGAUAGUGUCUGUGCGUAAGAGAGAGAGAGAGAGAGAGAGCGAGAGAGAGAUGAUAUUGUCUCUGCGUAAGAGAGAGAGAGAGAGAGAGAGAGAGGUGAUAUUGUCUGUGCGUAAGAGAGAGAGAGAGAGAGGUGAUAGUGUCUGUGCGUGUGUGUGUAUGCAUGGGCGUGAGUGUUCUUGUAUGAGUUGAAAACAUCAAAGACAUCUACACAUAUAUUGUUGCUAUAUAGAUAUAUUAUGUAUAUAUAAUUGGCAAUAUGUCAGAAGAAAACAGAUGUGUUAUGGAGUAACUGUAUUGAGGGUAAAAGGGGAAUAUUGCUAGCAUGUUUUUGCAUAUCUCAACAGGCAGCAUAGUAUUUAUAUUACAUUACAAAUAUCUAGUGUGUGCUAAUGUCUACUUGAUUUGUAUUAUGCUUCUUUAAAUAAACUGAAAUGCUUAUUUACAUGUGACUAUAUAGUUACAUUAAAAACCAGAUAUUUUACUUUUAACUCUUUCUCUCCUAAUAGACGAUACCAUCGUUGAUUUGACCUCAUUAAAUUAAAUAAAUGUUUCAUUGUAUACACUUUACUUUGUGCUAUGUGAGAGAAGCAUGCAUUCCCCUUUAAUUCAAUCUAAAUAAAACACUUUCUGACUACAAACGAAAAAGGUAUUCGAGCUUAAUCAUAACAGGGGGAAAAACUACUAAUGAGAAAAUGAAUUCCAUCGAAACGUGGAAAAUAAAUACGUAGACAAUGACUUUCUAAGGUAGCCAUCAAAGUUUUAUUCAUUUGUCUUUUAAAUUGUAUUUACAGUAAAUAAUAUAGUGUAUACUGUUUUACUGAAUAAUGUCAAUAAUCUAAUGGUUUUUGUCCCAAUAUAUGUAUUUUGUAUUUUAGCAGUGAAAAUUAACCACAGUAAUCUUCUCUUUGUUUACACGUAGGUUCUUAAAAUCCCCCUUCAUUUUCUGAAGCAACAAAAUUUCGAGAACAGGAUAAUAAAGCAAUAUGAAGAAACGUGGUGGCGAUUUAAUGGAACUUAAAGAGGAAAAAAAAGGAAUAAAU